AUGCCGCCCAAGUUCAAGGCGAGGAGGCUCGAUCGGGCCGCCGUCGAGGGCGCCAGCGGCGGCUUCUCGGCCCGUGCGCCGGCUGCGUCGCCGGCUGCGCAGCAUGCAGCGGCCUCGUCGAGCACGCUGCGCCACCCGAAGCAGGGCCAGGAGCUGGGGCAGGAGCUGGGGCAGGAAGAGAUAGGUGGCUGGCGAGAAGCGAACGCGACCGUCGUCCCCAUCCAGCUGAUCCACGAGCACGGCCGGCCGACGUGGUCCCUCGCAGACGACCAGUCGGCGCCCCGGCUCGCCCACUUUCCCGAGGCUGAAUUCGAAGACUGCUCCGCAUACAUAGACUUUGGCCGGCUUCUCGCGCAGGAGGAAGCUCAUGGUGGCUCAGAUGUGGCUACAGACACCACAAAGAGCGCAGGAAAGCGAAAAGCAAGGGACGAAGACCAGGAUGAAGAAGAGAAAGACGAGCUCGAGGAGGGCCUGCCGCUGCUCUCGACGGCCUGCCUCUUCCAUGUCGCGCCCUGGGAUGCUGCCGUCGAGCGUGCUUUAAAAAAGCUUGCGGAAAGAUCGAGCGGCUUGUCAUUCGGUGGCGGCGCGUGCGACCGGCUCUACGUCGCCGAGGUCGAGGGCCGAGACGAGGCGAGCGUGAUGCACGAGAUGCUGCACCUGGCCGACGGCGACGGCCGCCUCCUUCUCCGGGUGCCCCUCGUCGACACGGACCGCAUUGAAGCCAGCCGGCUGCCCCACCGCUUCACCAAUGGCUCCUGGCUCUCUGCGUGCGAUAAAGAGCGGUGGAAGGGCAGGCGUAGUCUGAUCAGCACCUCGAUCGACGUCUGCUUUCCACGCCGGCCCGUCGUGCAGCCACCGGCGACACCGGCGAAGCUGCUCACGCUCCAGCUUAACAUAUCUGUCCACCUCCACGAGGCUGCGCUUUCGCCGUCGGCUCCGGUGCCCAGUGCGGGCGAGGCCGAGCUGCUGCAGCGGCUGAUGCGCUUCGCAAGCCCGUCGGAUAUGCGCGACGAGGCGCUGCGCAGGCGGCCGAUGCAGGAGAGCCUCGUCUACAGCGGCCUGCGCGCCUCGACGCUGACCGACGACGUGGCCGCACUGCAGCCGCCGGGCCUCGAGCCGAGCCUGAUCCCCUUCCAGCGCCGCUCCGUCCACUUUCUCCUUGGCCGCGAGGGCAGGUACAUUGCUGGGGCCGACGCCGACGCCGAUGGGCAGGCCGUGCUCGGCAGCCUCGACGAGCAGGGCAAGGUCAUGACGCACGCCGGCACGCAGCACGUCGGCCUCUGGUGGGAAAAGGUCGACGACGGCCUCUACUACAACGCGCUCCUGGGCACCUUUCGCAGACACGCCAGCGAGACGAGGGCCGACAACGUCCGUGGGGGUAUCCUCGCCGAGGAGAUGGGCCUCGGCAAGACUGUCGAGGUGCUCGCCUUGAUCCUGCUCAACCCCGACGCGGGCCGGUCGCAGGAGCCGAGCUACUACGAUGGAGAGCAGGACAUCGAGGUGGCGCCAACCAAAACAACGCUCAUCGUCGCCCCCGAGGUGCUUCGCCAGCAGUGGCUCGAUGAGACGGCCGUACAUGCGCCCGAGCUGCGCAUCUUCAGCUACCUCGGCUACCAGGAGGCCCGCCGCGCGCUGCACAACAACAACGGCGGCACCACCUGGCAUGACUUUGCCCGCCAGCUCGACGUCAUCGUCGUCUCCUUUGACACGCUCCGCAAGGAGCUCAACGUGGCCAAGAAGGAGCGGCCGCGGUCGAGGCGCUUUGAGCGCAAGUACGAGCGCCCACGGAGCCUCCUCGUCCAGCUGGCUUUCCACCGCGUCGUCAUGGACGAGGUCCAGCUCGUGGGCCACAGCAUGGCCGCCGAGACGGUGAGCCUGAUUGCGCGCAACCACAGCCUCGCCGUCAGCGGCACGCCCGUCAAGCAGCUCUCGGACCUGCAGUCGCUCCUCCGCUUCCUCAAGGCGCCCGGCCACUUUGGCACCAACACCUACUGGAACCGGCUCAUGACGCCGGCCAUGGCGCCGCAGCUACGCCGCAUGCUCGAGGUCCUCGGCACGCGCCACACAAAGGAGCAGGUGCGCCACGAGAUGAGCCUGCCGCUCCAGACGCGCACCCUCGUCCCCAUUGACUUUACUGCUAUCGAGUCGACGUUCUACCGCGACAUGUACCACCGCACCCUCCGCUCGAUGGGCCUCGACGACUCGUCGUCGCAGAGCACCGCGACGCUGCGCCAGAUCCGCCAGCGCUUUGCCGCCGCCGCUGCCGCGUCUGACGGUGGCGGUGGCGGUGGCAGCGCCGGCAGCGACGACUCGUUCAGCCUCGCACGGCUGCGCAGCGACCUGCUCCACCUCCGCCAGGCGUGCACCCACCCGCAGAUUGCCGCCGGCCGCGGUGGUGGCGAGCGCAACACGCUGGCCGUCUCGAGCCAGAUCCGCUCGAUGGACGAGGUGCUUACGGUGAUGCACGAGGGUGCAAAGGCCGACGAAGCCUCGACCCGCCUCUCGCUCCACCGCCGCAUGAUUGACCGCGCCGUGCUGACGCUCCAGGACAAGGGCCAUGCGGGCCGGCACGAGCUGGCGCGCGCACGGCUUGUGGAGGAUGUGCGCCCGGCGCUCGAGCGGCGCGUCGAGGAGAUCAAGCAGGACCUCGUGCGCGCCCGCACGAUUGGGCCCUUUUACCGCUUCGAGCCGCACGAGGUCGACGAGCGCGGCGCCUCGGAGGAGGUGGUCGACGACGAUGGCGAUGGCACCACUGAAGACCCAACUCAGCUACAGCAACAACAGCAGAAGCAAAGAGACCGCCUGAGGCAAGGCCUGACGCAGGCGGAAAAGGACCGCGAGAACAGCCUGACGGAGCGGCGCGCACACCGGCACAGGCACGUCGUCAUUGUGCAGAACCGGCUCCGGUCGGUGCUGGAGCAGCUGCAUCGGUGCAACCACUUUCUGGGCAACAUCUGCUUCCAGCUGGGCCAGCUGCAGAAGGAGAAAGAGGAGCAGCAGCAGAAGCAGCAGCAGCAGCAGCAGCAGCAGCAGGAGAAGGAGAAAGAACAGGAGCAGUAUGGGCACGAGGGACAAGGAAAGGAGCAAGGGCAAGCGCAGAAGCAGGAACAGGAACAGGAGCACAAGGUCAAGGACGAAGGGGGCCCAGAGGAAGUCUCUGCCGUCGCAGCGAUGGCGGUGGACGACGAGGAGAAGGAGCACAAGGCCGUCGACGACGCAAAGAACGACGAGCCCGUCUCGGCCGAGGUGGCCGAGCUCAAGCGGCAGGAGGACUACUGGUACGACCGGGCCGAGGAGGUGCGGCUGGAGCUGCUCAAGGAGUCGCGCCACGUCGUCGAGGCCUCGCUCCGGAGCUUUGCGCGGGGCGAGCUGGAUCUCGCGGCGCGCCACCGGCCCUUUGUCACGCAGCAGUUUGAGGCUGGCGGUCUGACGCUCGAGCAGUCCUUUUCCCGCCUCGACGAGCUCGUGGACCUGCUCGACCGCAACGCCGAGGUGGUGCUCAAGUGGCGCCACGACAUCAUCGAGCGCCUCCGCAAGCCCGUCAGCCGCGACGUCAGCGCAGAAAACGAGCUCGACGACCAGUACCAGGAGAACCUCGACGCACAGGCCGAGGCCGAGGCGCUGCUGGAAAUGUACCGCGUGCUGCUGUCGGAGCGCGAGCUCAUCGUGACGGGCGUCACGACGCAGGGCGCGACGAGCAAGCCUGCGCUCAUGGUCCAGCUCGAGCACAGCGACCGGUUGGCGCGCCGACGCCACCUCCGCCUCGCCCAGGACCCCAACAACGUCGAGGUGCUCGAGGAGCUGGAGCAGGGGCUCACCGAGGAGCAGCUCGAGGUGCAGCGGACGCAGCUGCGCCACUUUGAGAAGCUCAACGAGGAGCGCAAGGCCGUCUCGCUCGAAGCCAUCGGCCGCGAGGAGGGCCACUUUGAGACGGUCCUCCGCCAGCUCCGCGAGACGUCGAACCGCGUCGAGCGGCGCGAAGAGGUCAAGCUGGCCCGGAUGGCCAUCGACAAGAUCCGCGAGCUGACGGCGCAGCAAAAGAGCCUGGGCGAGCGCCUGCGGAGGGAGGCCAGCCUGCUGUCCAACGUCUUCAACACGCGCAGCUCCUAUUUUAAGCAGAUCCAGGAUCUAUCGGACCAGGUCGCCGACCUCGAGACGCGGGACCUGCAGAAGGACACGCUCGCUGCGGCAAAGGAGGAGCAGUCACUCAGGGCAAAGGCCGACGGCAUCAGCGCCAGGCUGCGCUACCUCGCGGCACUCGAAGCAGAGACCAUCGGAGGAGCAGCAAAGGCAGCCGCUACGACAGGCUCGACGUCGGCCGCAGCAGCAGCAAAUGAGGAGGCAGCUUCAGCGACGACAAAAGCAGGGCAAGGCACCGAGGACAACGACGAGGCUGGACCCGGUCGGACGUGCGUCAUCUGCACCGAGCCACUCGUCCGGGCGGUGCUGCUGGGCACGUGUGGCCACUGGACAUGCGAGGACUGCUUCCGGAGCUGGACGCUGAAGCGCAGGGCCUGCCCCAUCUGCAAGCGGCCCGUCAAGGCCAACGAGGCGCACAGAGUCACCUACGGCAAUGCAUCCACCGCCACCGCCGCCCCUACCGAUGCCACUCGCUCGUCUGCGCAGAUCCAAGACCCGAUCAAGGCCAAGCUGCAGGCUCAGCGGGAGCGGUACAACGUCAUCUCGGACGAGGCACGCGAAGACGUAGCCAGACAGCGGCUGCAGACGAGCCUGGGCAGCAAGCUCGACCUCCUCACGCGCCACCUUCUCCAGCUGCAGACCGACCAGCCGGGCACCAAGUCGCUCAUCUUUACUGCCUUUUCCCGGGGCGUCUCGCUCGUCUCGGACGCCCUAUCUCUCAACGGCAUCAAACAUGUCAGGCUCGAGACGGGUGGCAAGGCCGGGGCCAAUGCCGUCGACAACUUCAAGAACGACUCGUCGGUCAAUGUGCUCAUCCUCCACUCCGAGGCACAGAGCUCGGGCCUGAACCUCGUCUGCGCCACGCACGUCUUUCUGCUCGAGCCCCUCGUCAACCACGCCAUGGAGCUGCAGGCCAUCGGUCGUGUGCACCGCAUCGGCCAGACGCACGAGACCAACGUCUGGGGCUACGCCGUCAACAGCACCGUCGAGGAGCGCAUCACCGAGAUGGGCCGGCGCAAGCAGCAGCGGAGCCUGUUUACGCACGCCAACUGCCGCUCCACCCACCUCCGCGACUCGGCCUCGCUGGCGGCCGAGGCCAAGGCGGCACGCAGCGGCGAGCGCGCCUCGGCCGCCGGCUCGAGCACGACAGCAACGACGGCUGCCAGGCAGGGCGAGUUCGUCGCCAGCCUGGACGACAUUCUCGAGAGUCUCUUUGACGAGGAGUCAGACGCGCGUCCGACCAGCGUCAAUGGCAACGGCAGCAGCAGCAGCGACAUCGUCAAUGGCGAUCGCAUUGGCUCUGCUGAAGACGAGCGGGAGAAAAUGAGAAGGGAGCGGCUGCAGGCCAUUGAGCGCAGACAGGCCAUGGCCUCCAUCGAGCAGGAGCGGGGAACGCGAUAGACACUUAACUUAUUCAAGACAUGUACGUGUAUGAGUAGAUCGACCGCCUAGUUUUGUUGUACAGUAAUCUAUAGAAGAGUCCCU